CCCUGGCCAGUGACGAGGAGAGGGAUAUAGGUAGUAGUGCCGUAAGAGCACAGGCAACUCGUGACUCAUGAGCAGCAAAAGAUUCUUCAGACGCCAGCGUCGUGUUUUAGAUAAGGACUCUCUCUCCCUUCCUCCGUUGCCACGCUCGCAAGGACAAUUCAAAAUCUAUUAUCCAAUUCCGAUAGCCUUGUUAUAAGGGAGCGAGGGAGAGAGAGGCUCAUCAUGCGUUAAUGCCGUUUUGCGUGUGCCACCUUCUUCCGAAGAGUGUCGGCAGGCGGGCCUCCCUAGAACCUCAAAACCGGUAUGUGGCGACAGUCGAUAUAAGAUGAUGUCGCGUUGAUUUGAGGCUUGUAGGAGAUCUAGACGAGGGCAUGGCAGGGGAAUCUGAUUGCUUUCUUUUGGGCCACUAGCUGGCUGACGGCGAAUUUGGCUUGCAGGCAUGUCAACUGUGAAGAUUUAUAUUGUGUACUACUCCUUAUACGGGCAUGUGGAGAUUAUGGCACGAGAAGUGCAGCGAGGAGCUAAUACUGUUCAAGGUGUUGAAGCAACACUUUGGCAGGUACCCGAAACGCUCUCUGAUGUGAUACUGCAAAAGAUGAAGGCCCCCGCUAAAGCAGAUGAUGUGUCAGAGAUCAGGCCAGAACAGCUUUUGGAGGCUGAUGGGUUCAUAUUUGGGUUUCCUUCUCGAUUCGGUGUCAUGGCUGCACAAUGUAAGGCGUUCUUCGAUGCCACUCAUGAAAUAUGGAAGACUCAAGCACUAGCAGGCAAGCCUGCAGGAAUCUUCUGGAGCACUGGUUUUCAUGGAGGUGGCCAAGAGCUUACCGCAUUAACUGCUGUUACGCAACUAGCACAUCAUGGAAUGAUAUAUGUCCCUCUUGGAUACACCUUUGGUACUGGCAUGUUUGAGAUGAACGAGGUCAAAGGCGGCUCUUGUUAUGGUGCUGGAACGUAUGCAGCUGAUGGGUCACGGCAACCCACAGAACUGGAACUAAAGCAGGCUUUUCACCAGGGGAAGUAUGUUGCUGAAAUAGCUAGGAAGCUCAAACGCCCAAACCCCCAGACCUAAUCACAAAGCAAGCAGCUGUACAUUUGAAUAGUGGAAAAUAUUUCGAAAAUUCAAGUACAGGUUAUAGUUGACAUAAACUGGCAAGUGUGACAUUUCAUGGCGAUUCAAGCACAAGCCCGCCAUGUGAAGUAACACAGUGACAAUGCGGGGGGAUUUCGGAAAAGCUUGUUUUGAAUCACGAGAUGUGAAGAAACGGCACCACUUCUUACCUUUUAUCAUUGUUCUACCCUUUCCCUGAUUUCGAUCAGAGACUUAUUAAGUAAUCUCAUAGUUUCUGGGUUUGUGUGAUUGAACGAUCAGUUGGGAUAAUUGAUUUAGGAACAGUUCCUGGAUCAGACAGGAUUACCUGAUUCAUGAGGAUGUGAUUCAAUCACAUGUCCACUCUGCCUAUUGCCAUGCA